CCAGGUGCUGCUGGAUGCUCCCAUCCAGCUCUCCCAGAUCACCGAUGGAUAUGCAGAUACCAGUGUGGACCUGCUGCCGGGGCUGUUGCUGAAGAGAGGCCAGACCUCGAUGGUGAAUGCCAAGAAACUGGAGAAGGCGGAAGCCAGGCUGAAAGCCAAGCAGGACAAGAGGAUGGAGCGGGAUUCCCUGAAGUCAUCUGGCCCUCUGGUCCUUGAGGAGGCAUCUGCCAGCCAAGCUGCCAGCAAGAAGGAGACUCGCAUGGAGUCAUCAGGCAAGAACAAGUCGUAUGAUGUGCGCAUCGAGAACUUCGAUGUGUCCUUCGGUGAGCGUGUCCUCCUGGCGGGAGCAGACCUGAACCUGGCGUUUGGGCGGCGCUACGGGCUGGUGGGCAGGAACGGGCUGGGGAAGACCACGCUGCUGAAGAUGAUCGCCAGCCGGAGCCUGCGCAUCCCCUCGCACAUCAGCAUCCUGCACGUGGAGCAGGAGGUGGCGGGGGACGAGACGCCGGCGCUGCAGAGUGUGCUGGAGUGUGACACCACUCGUGAGAGCCUGCUGCGGGAGGAGAGGGAUCUGACAGCUAAGAUUAAUGCUGGCAGGGGAGAAGGGACAGAAGGUGCCAGGCUAUCAGAGAUCUACGCGAAGCUGGAGGAGAUUGAGGCAGACAAGGCGCCAGCAAGGGCAUCCGUCAUUCUCGCUGGGCUGGGCUUUAAUGCAAAGAUGCAACAACAGACAACCAAAGAGUUUUCCGGAGGAUGGAGAAUGAGACUGGCCUUAGCCAGAGCCCUGUUUGCCAGGCCGGAUCUCCUUCUGCUAGAUGAGCCAACGAACAUGCUGGACGUGAGGGCCAUUUUGUGGCUGGAGACCUACCUGCAGACCUGGCAGUCGACCAUCCUAGUGGUGUCCCACGAUAGGAACUUCCUGAAUGCGGUGGCCACGGACAUCAUCCACCUGCACUCGCAGCGGCUGGACACGUACCGUGGAGACUUUGAGAACUUCAUGAAGAUCAAGGAGGAGCGGCUGAAGAACCAGCAGCGAGAGUACGAAGCCCAGCAGCAGUACCGUGAACACAUCCAGGUUUUCAUUGACCGCUUUCGUUACAAUGCCAACCGGGCAUCCCAAGUGCAGAGCAAGCUCAAGCUGUUGGAGAAGCUGCCGGAGCUGAAACCUGUGGACAAGGAAUCUGAGGUGAUCAUGAAGUUCCCUGACGGCUUUGAGAAAUUCUCCCCCCCAAUCCUGCAGCUAGACGAAGUAGACUUCUAUUACGACCCAAGUCACUACAUCUUCCGUUCCCUCUCUGUCUCUGCUGACCUGGAGUCCCGUAUCUGUGUGGUUGGGGAAAAUGGAGCUGGCAAGUCGACCAUGCUAAAGAUCUUAAUGGGGGAGCUGGCACCAGUCAGAGGGAUCAGACAUGCUCACAGAAACCUAAAGAUUGGUUAUUUCAGCCAGCACCAUGUGGAUCAACUGGAUUUGAACAUCAGUGCUGUAGAGUUACUGGCAAGGAAGUUCCCGGGGAAGACAGAGGAGGAGUACCGGCACCAGCUGGGGAGCUACGGCGUCUCGGGGGAGCUGGCCGUGCGUCCCGUGGCCAGCCUGUCUGGAGGUCAGAAGAGUCGCGUGGCCUUUGCCCAGAUGACUAUGUCCUGUCCAAACUUCUACAUCCUGGAUGAGCCAACAAAUCACCUGGACAUGGAGACCAUCGAGGCACUGGCAAAGGCACUGAAUAAAUUCCGGGGUGGUGUGAUUCUGGUGUCCCACGACGAGCGCUUCAUCCGCCUGGUGUGCCAGGAGCUGUGGGUGUGUGAGAACGCCACCGUGACCCGCAUCGAGGGCGGCUUCGACCAGUACAGAGACAUCCUGAAGGAGCAGUUCCGGAAGGAGGGUUUCCUAUAAGGGAGGCGGGAGCCGGACUGUGCCGGGGGCCGGAGCGCGAAGCUCGGCCGCCUCAGUGCCCAUCCCAACUGUGCCUGGCAGAGCGCCGAGGACGCUGCUGCCCGCAUGGACCUCAGCCAUGGCAUCGCACCGCCACCUGAACUGCUCUCCCCGCCGGGGCGCGGUGGAAGGACAGCGGGGAGCGCCCGGGGCGGGCGUGUGCCCGGGGGCACACCGGGGGCUGGGGAAGGCCCUGGGGCUGCCGCUCUGCCCGGAGGAGGGAAAGAGGUGUUGCGUCCAGACCACCCCCCGGUUUAACUCCGUGCUCUGGAGGGCAGGAGAGGAGCUGUUCUCCGUGUUUCCUCACAUCCCCCUCUUGCCUUUUUUUUUUGGUUGGGUUUGGUUUUGAUUUUUUUUUUCUUCAAACUGGCUGAACACUACUCCGGCUCCAUCACAUGCCACCCU